AUGUAUCGCCCACUUGGGCUGGGCUCGGGUCACACCUCGGACCAGACUCUCUUUGCUGGUAGUGUGUAUCCAUUCAGGUUCUUAGCUAAUUCGCUGAACAGCGCUGCCAAACAUGACAACCGGGAGGAUCUGCCUGAUAACGUCGGUUCCAACUCUCCAACACCAUCGGGCGUGGAGACGCCUCGACCUGACUUCCACGACAAGCGGCUGCCGGGUAUAAAUCACAGCUAUUUUGGCCAGGUGGGUAGAGAUCCUUCUCAAGGCACAGCGUCGCGGUCAUCUCCACCUGCUACGGCUUCUGAAUCAAAUGAUCAACCUGCUGCCCCGUCGGCUGUACGGAGCGAGAAAGAGAAUGAAGACCGCCGGACAUCGUCUGCUUCAAUAGGCUCAAUGGUGAUGGUAGAGCGGGAUCACGGAUCCGUUCCUACACCGCCUUCCGAUGAGCCUCAUUUGGAGCCUACAAAGCCCGUCGCAGAGACUGAUGGUUCUCGAUUACCGCCCACCCCAAUCUCGUCCGCUGCUUCCGUGGUCCACCGAGAUGGCGAGGCCGCAGAGAAUGGCGGGUCUCUGGUGGAAGGCGGGAUAGCUUCCAUCACACAGGCUUUGCGGAAUUUUGUUCUUCCAAAGUCUGCCUUUGGCAUGAAAGACCGCCGCCACCAGUCCCUCCCUGUUUCUAGCGUUACCAAAAGCAAUGUCUCUGCGGCACACAUCUCAAACCCUACCUCGUCCACACAUUCUUCGCGGCCACAGACCCCCAGAUCUUCAUCUCCAAGUCCUGCUAAACCACCACCGUCUCAAUCUUUGCAAGAGUCAACUGAGCUAACUUCAGGCGUGGCCCCCGCGCCGCGUGAUAAGAGCACCCCCCCUCAGACUCCUCGAGCCUUGUCGCCUCGAGCCUCGGUCCAAGAAGACCGCCAGGUCGAAGCCCGGUCACCGCCUCCCAGCACCAGCACCGCCACCACUAGCGGGGACAGAGCUGCAGAGGUUGAGAAGGAGGAUCAGGACUUGUCCAAAACUGAUAUCCCCAAUAGCACACCACGGGGAAAAUUAAUCAUCAAAAUUGCCGAGGGGCGCAACUUAAAGCCAUCAUUCGAUCCAUAUGUGGUAUGCCAAUUCGAGUGGAACGAAUAUGUCUCCAAGGGCCCUAGGCACGACACGAUGGAUGUCGAUGAUGAUGAACGCAAAGGCCCGGUGGCGGCGCUGCAGUCUAUUCCCAUCCGCAGGACCGACAGUGACAUGGGAAAACCGAUGGCCAUUCCCAUGCGAAGUCGCCAGAGCAGCACAAAUGGUGGUGGUGAGGACCGCCCCCUCACGAAAGUCACGGAUCCUCAGUGGGACCAUGAGGCCACUUUUGACGUGGUUAGUAACCAGUCCGAGCUGGACGUGACCGUCUACGAUCGCCAAACCGAAGAGUUCCUUGGUCAUGUCCGGCUAUGUUUGCAUUUAACUGAGCAGCACCCUACUCUAGAAGGUUUCUUCCGAUUGGGGCCGCGUACUGCAGAGGACCAGGAUAUCACAGGGGAGAUCCACAUCAGAAUGCAAUUCUCCAAGGUUGAGAAGAGACAUUUUGGACCCAACGACUUCCAGAUCCUCAAAUUGAUUGGCAAGGGAACAUUCGGCCAGGUUUACCAAGUCCGUAAGAAGGACACACAACGCAUUUAUGCGAUGAAAGUUCUAUCAAAGAAGGUGAUUAUUCAGAAAAAGGAAAUUCAACACACCAUAGGAGAGCGAAACAUCUUGGUUCGGACAGCCACCACCGAAUCGCCUUUCAUCGUGGGGCUCAAGUUCUCGUUCCAGACACCCACCGAUCUCUAUCUGGUGACAGAUUUCAUGUCCGGCGGCGAACUAUUUUGGCAUCUUCAAAAGGAAGGCCGUUUCAAGGAGGAUCGAGCCAAGUUUUAUAUUGCCGAGCUCAUUUUAGCCCUUAAACACCUCCACGACCACAAUAUCGUUUACCGAGACCUCAAACCGGAAAACAUUCUUUUGGACGCCAACGGCCACAUUGCAUUGUGUGAUUUUGGGUUGUCCAAAGCCAACUUGACACAGGAUGACACUACCAAUACCUUCUGCGGGACCACCGAAUAUCUAGCCCCUGAAGUACUACUCGACGAACAAGGCUACACGAAAAUGGUUGACUUCUGGUCUCUUGGUGUUUUAGUCUUUGAGAUGUGCUGUGGCUGGAGUCCAUUCUAUGCGGAGGACACGCAGCAGAUGUACAAAAACAUUGCGUUCGGCAAGGUUCGGUUCCCCCGGGAUGCUCUGAGCACGGAAGGACGUAAUUUUGUCAAGGGCCUACUCAACCGCAACCCCAAACAUCGACUGGGUGCACAUGGGGAUGCGGAAGAAUUGAUGCGUCAUCCUUUCUUUGCCGAUGUCGACUGGGAUGCUCUCGGGAAGAAGAAUCUUGUCCCACCGUUCAAGCCAAAAUUGUCGUCGGUCGCCGAUACAUCCAACUUCGACCCGGAAUUUACCAAUGCUCUGAACACGUCUUCUUCACUAAACGCACGAGCUGCAGCUCUGGCCGCGGGUGCCGCUCCUGCGUCCACCCCAUUGUCACCCACCAUGCAGAAUGCCUUCCGGGGGUUCACGUUCGUUGAUGAGAGCGCCAUGGAGGAAAGGUUCGGCGGAGCCAACGAAGGCGAGGAUGACAGAAUGGAUGAGAGAGACGGCAGGGAAGAGAACUCCCUGUCACGAUCCAGGACGCAGGAACACCGAAUGAGUGGUGUCCAACGUACCGGAGAAGAUGGAUUCUUCUUCGAAGAAUGA